ACACACAUAAAUGUUAUAUCGUUCAUAAUUACAGUAAUUCUCAAUUAAAUUUACUAUGGAAACCACAAGAAGACUUGAACAUGUGACUUAGUACCUAUUAUCAACAAUAUACAAAUUAUCAAAUGAGAUUUUUAUUGUUUAGAAGAACCAAAAUCAUUUAUAGCUAAACGCCUUAAUUAUAUAGGAGAAAUGGAUUCCAUAAUAGGGCCAAUACCUUUUAUGACCCGUAUCUAUUUGGCCACCUCUGUGUUUUUGAUGGCACUCUGCUCUUUGGACAUAAUAAGUCCGCUGAACUUGUAUAUGAGUUGGACACUGGUAUUUCAAGGCGAGAUAUGGAGAGUUGUCACUUGCUUCGUUUACUUUGGUUCUUUUGGAAUGAUCUUCUUUUGGAAUAUUUAUGUGUUGAUACACUAUUGCAGUUCAUUAGAAAGUGUAACUAUGCAGAAUAAACCCGCAGACUUUUUGUGGAUGUUGAUAUGCACUGGAACAAUGCUGCUUGGAUUAUCGCAAAUAUUUGGCCACAGUAUGUUUUAUGGCGGCACUAUGAUUAACAUUUUGACAUAUAUUUGGGGUAGAAAGAAUCCAUAUAGCAGAGUGGGCAUUGUUUUUUUAUCGGUUCCGGCCCCUUAUCUGCCAUGGAUCCUCACUAUAUUGUCAUAUUUAGCUGAUUACCUAUUGAAUGAAAACCUUCUUGGAAUACUAGUAGGCCAUGUAUAUUACUUUUUCACAGAUGUUUUUCCAAAAAUGCCAAUCUCUGGUGGGCGCCAAAUAUUCGCUACUCCGGAAUUUUUGAAAUACCUAUUAAAUCAAUACGCUUAGGCGUACAAUAAGAUAGUUGGCAAAUCAUAAACCCUAUCAAUGGGCAAUUUUAAAGUAAUUCAAAUAAGCCUUGUGCGU